GUUAAAACAAAAAAAUUCAAAUUCUCGUGAAACUGAAAAUACCUCCUGGAUCUCCCAUUGCAGCUCCCUCCCUGAUGUGUGUAUCCUCCCAUAUCUUUUUGUAUGUAUUUGGUAAUUCUCUAUGGAUUUGGAAGAUGACAGAAUCCAGAGAUGUGAAUUUUUUUUCUCUUUUGACACCUGGCUUACUUAACAUUUGUAACGUUAAGAUCUCUUGCAGAAAAAAAAAGGGGGGGGCCUAUAAAUAGCAUUACAUAUUCCUGUUCAAGAAAAGCAGUGAGUGUGAGUGUGUGCAGAUAUCACACACACACACACACACACACACAUACACACACACUUAAUCUCCUGUGACCACCCAUAAAAGGUACCUUUAGGUGAGGAAUAACUUGUCUGAGUUUUAACAUAAUGCAUUGAGAGAACUUAAUAAGCACAAAGCCACAAUUAUUUUUCUUAUUUCUCGUUUUCAUAUAACCUCCUAGUUUUCAUAUAACCUCAUAAAACUUCAAGUGCCUGAAGCCAUUUGUUCAGAUUUAGCAUCUUUUGAAAGCUCUAAAUCAGUGUAAUCCUCAGCCUUUCCAGUCUAAAAGAAGGAACUGGGAUGGGUAUGUAUGGUUAUAUUUUGGGGAAACUGAUUGGAACUGUACAGAAUCCCAAACCGGGAAAUGAUAAUCUGCCAUAUUUCUCUUCACCUGCUAAUGGUGUUUAUUUUAGCAGAAUUAGGAGAUUCUCAUGCUCCUGGCCCCUGUGUUGCUGUUUAUAUAAUUUACAUUUACUUCCUGGGUAUAGUACCAUCUGAAUUUUCUCUUCCUUUUUUACAGUUACUAAUAUAGAAUGAGCCAGAAGCCUCUAACAAUGUUUUUUCCAAAAGAGGUUUCAAAUUUGUCCAUUACUGUACGAACCUUGAAAGUUGCUCCAUACCAGAAUGUUGUUUAUCAUCAACUACAGAAAUAUUUCUUAAAAUGUGGUCCAUGAGAUAAUGGUUGUCAGCUGCUGUAAAAUGCUUUUAUCAUUUGAAAAGAACUAAUUAACACAUACUGUAGGAAAACUUCUUUUAAACAGCCAUUUUCUGAAAAAGAAAAUGCUGAAAGGGAGGAAAUAAAAGAGAGAACAUUUUAUAAAACCUUAUAAAGCCCAGUGUGGCUAUCCUACUGGAAUAAUGUAAUUAAGGGGAAUUAAGCAAGUUGGAUAAAUAACUUUUUUUUUCUUUAACUAGACCCUUGAAAAGGAAUAGAAUUAAGUAGCAUAGUUAUUAAACCCAAAAUCUGACGGUCUGCACAUACAUUUUAAUUAACCUAAUAACAUUUACUGAAUGACAGGCUGGGCUGGUAGUUAUAUCCAGAGUUCAUAGCAUGUGGGAUCUGCCUUGAAGGAUGGACAAGGCUUGCAAUGGGAGCCUUGAAUGCCCAUGCUAAGGAAGAGCUGGUAGCUGUGGGAAAUUUUGAGCAGGCAACAGAAGGAUCUGAUAUGAAAUCUCGUUUCUUUCUUAUCAAAUGAGAAAACACAGAAAGCAAGGGCUUAAUCUUUUGUUUUCUUGGUAUAGCACCAAAGCCCGUUCUAGCUGGUCAGGGCAAAUUCAAUAAUAAUUAAUAGCUGUUGAUGAACCAGUCAUUCUAGAAUUGAUUAUUUAAUAAGCUGGCCAAUAAAUGAGAAUCGACCUAGAUUUAGGGAUUUUUAAAUGUAAGUGGUAAUACAGUUUUCACACACUCCUGUAUUCCUUAAGCAUCUGGUAGGUGUGAUGGUGGAUAAUGUAGCUUAAGCUGUGUGUGGCAGCUGAUUAAACAAAAAAGCCUUCAGUUAUUUCUGUCUUAAUUUGAGAUUUUGAAUUGCCUAAGGAAAUAGAAAGGUCAGAGAAGGCCUAGUAGGGAAAAAGAAGAGUGAGCCUGGUCAUAGUUGACAGAAAUUCACUCUGAUGAUUUGACCAGCUAAGGAUGACUGGGCAAGUUCUGGAGUCCUCUAACCCAGAUGUUCUAAUUUGUAAAUGCAAAGUGACUUCUUUAUCAGCCACUCUGGAGAAAUCUUCAGGGCUGUGAACCUGCUACCUUCGGUAAUCUUGCUGCCCUGAGCCCCGGGCAGUUCUCAAAUGUAACUUUGGAAAGUGACCACUGGAGCCUCCCAGGCGGCACCAUUCACUCUGCCUGAAAGCUGCUGCUGUUGGCUCCUGAGAUGAGCUCAUCUGAAAUGGCUCCAAGGACCUCAGCGGCAGGAACUGGAGGCAGCCUGCUCUCUGCUGUGGUAAUGUUUUGAAACAGGCAAAACCAGAUCAGGCGUCUGUCUUGUGUGCAAUGGCCACUGGUGAAGCAGGAGGUGGCAAGAAACCUACGGCCCCUGAAAACAUGUCUUCACCUCGACGCUCGACUCUGGCAGCAGAUUUUAUCAUGUGGGCAACCUGCUGCAACUGGUUCUGCCUGGAUGGACAGCCUGAGGAGGUCCCCCCACCCCAGGGAGCCAGGACGCAGGCCUAUUCCAACCCUGGGUACAGCUCCUUCCCCUCCCCUACAGGCUCGGAACCAAGCUGCAAGGCUUGCGGGGCCCACUUCGCGAACAUGGCCAGGAAGCAGCAGACCUGCCUGGACUGCAAGAAGAAUUUCUGCCUGAGCUGUUCGAGCCAGGUGGGAAAUGGGCCCCGCCUCUGCCUUCUGUGCCAGCGGUUCCGAGCCACGGCCUUUCGGCGGGAGGAGCUCAUGAAGAUGAAGGUGAAGGACCUCAGGGACUAUCUCAGCCUCCAUGACACCUCCACCGAAAUGUGCCGGGAGAAAGAGGAGCUGGUGUUCUUGGUGCUUGGCCAGCAGCCCGUAAUCUCCCAGGAGGGCAGGACUCGCGCGCCCACCUUGUCCGCGGAUGUCCCCGAGCAGCAGGCCUUCCUGACCCAGCCUCGCGCCAGCACGGUACCUCCUACCUCGCCUCACCUCGCCUCUUCGUCCGCACAGGCCACCUCUGUUCCCCCAGCCCAGGCUCAGGAAACCCAGCAGGCCAAUGGCCAUGUGUCUCAGGACCAAGAGGAACCCGUCUACCCGGAGAGCACAGCCAGAGCACCUGCUGAGGAUGAGACCCAGUCUGUCGACUCAGAGGACGGCUUCGUCCCAGGCCGGAGGGCCUCUCUGUCUGACCUGACUGACCUGGAGGACAUUGAAGGUCUGACCGUGCGGCAGCUGAAGGAGAUCCUGGCGCGCAACUUCGUCAACUACAAGGGCUGCUGUGAGAAGUGGGAGCUGAUGGAGAGGGUGACGCGGCUGUACAAGGACCAGAAGGGCCUCCAGCACCUGGUGUGUGGUGCUGAAAACCAGAACGGGGGAGCGGCGCCGCCCAGCGUGGAGGAGAACCUGUGUAGGAUCUGCAUGGACUCGCCCAUCGACUGUGUCCUGCUGGAGUGCGGCCACAUGGUGACCUGCACCAAGUGCGGCAAGCGCAUGAACGAGUGUCCCAUCUGCCGGCAGUACGUGAUCCGAGCCGUGCACGUCUUCCGAUCGUGAGGGCUUGCACCGGCUUCUUCAGUGCCUUAUGGGGACGUAGCUUGAGGUGUCUGGGUUCCAGACUGCGCAGCUCGCGGAGGGGCAGGCUAACAAGAAAAUCUGCAGUGCUCGUAAGACCGGGGCAAGCAAGGAUGCUGUCACCUCUGGGCAUGCCUGUCCUGCCGCGGAGGCGCACCUCUUGGCUGGCAGCGCCGGAGGCCGGUGGAAACCGGAACAGACUGCACGGGCAAGUCUCUGUCUCAGUGAUCGUGGGGUAAUGAUGGCACCUGAUGAAGAGAGGACUUGCCAGAACUUGGACUGCAUCUUCCUCCUUUCCUCCGAAAGUCUAACAGUUUCAUCCUUGUGUACCCCACCCGUCCUUCUGAGCUGCCUGCCUCUGGCCUUCACCGGUCAGAAGUCCUGGUAGAAAUGGUUCUCUUCCUCCCCAGCACAUUUGGAUUUAUUUCUGCUCUGGCUUUCUGUGCUUUAACCUACCUUUGCUAACGUCUCUGGCUACAUUGCCUAAAAUCCAUUUGUUUCUUCAGACCAAAAAGAUGUUAGCUUACCAAACCGAGAGUGAUCCUCCUUGGGACUGAAUUUGGACCAGUAAACUUAGCUCUGGUGAGAAACAAAACUCAACUGCUACUGAAAAAUUUCAAAGUCAUGAAGAGUUGCUUCCUUAAGUGCUGGGACUGGAAGCGAUGAGUCUCCUGACCCCAAUCCCGGCUCCCAAACUGCUGGGAAGUUUGAGUCCGUUUGCGUGAGACGGCUCACACAGCCUCUCUGCUUCUCUAGGGCCCACACACCAUCCCUGUUAGUUUGAGAGAAGGGAAAGUGUUGGGUGGAAGCAGGGGCUUUCUGCUUAACUUUGACUCCUCCAGCAGACAGGAAUAGCAAACCACUUUCCUCUGAGAAUGAAGUCCCACUCUUUUCCAUGGUCUCACUGAAGGCAGAGAGCCUUGCUCUCCUCUAGCCAGACUUCUCCUGAAGUUCCUGGAGACCAAACCUCAACACCCGAGGGGUAUCUGAAGGUACCGAAUGAGACUGGAGUCAGCUGUUGAGCAGACAGCUGCAAGUCUUAAUUCCCCAGGUUGGUGGGGACUCUCUACUCCCAUUUCCUUUCUCAGAACACUGACUUGAGGGCAGGUCAGGAAGAAGCACUCUCAAGGUCCUUUAGAAAGACCAUACAUUGAGCUAGAGGAUUCUUGAGCCCUUUUAGGGUUGUUCUACCACUGGAAGAGCCAAAGGGCUUAGGUUUGCUGGAGAAGCUUAGUCAAGAACCCACACACAUGCUAUCGAAGAGCCGUGUGUGCGGCCAUCACCAAUGGAUAAACUACACAAACCCUAGACACCGAGGGCCUUGGCAGACCACCGCCCCCACCCUACUCCCCUGCUGAACAGUCAAGUUCUCUCAGACUGGAACCUAGCAUGACUUUGGAAGACAGUGGGAAAUUCCAAGGGGACCUGUUUAUCGGUACAGAUGUGCUUAGGCUUUCCCCCAUCAUCAACCACUAUUCCCCUUCAGAGGAGUGAAAUGAUUGCAUAAGGUGGUUGCCAGUUGAACCACUGGGCCACUUACCUUGACAUUACACCAAGCCCUGGAUGACUGGAUUCUGGGACUCAGCCUUUGUAGGAAUUGGGGGAAUCAAGAGGUCAGUGAGAGGACCUUUGACCUUUCUGCUGGACAGUAAAUAUUAUGGUUUACAAUGCGUACCAGUUUGGCAGAGAAUUCCACCACUUCUCGAUUCCACUGUGAAACAGGUCUAUAUUUAUGCAACUCAGUUAAGAUCUAGCAAUAACUUCAGGGCAGAUGCUGGCUGUCUCCCUAAAACUUGUUUUCACUGCUGAGGCCUUCCCUCUCCCCACCUCCCACAGUCCCUCUCCUAGACAGAAGUUAUGAAUAAUAUCCUGAAGGUUAGUAACCUCAGUAAGAAUUAUAACUGGUAUCGUUUCAUUCUGGAGAAAGAACUUGCCUUGGAGUCUUUUGAUCUAUUUUGACAAAGGUUUUCAUUCAGGAAAAAUGGUGUCAAACCACCCCGAUUUGUUGUCAUCCAUCAUUAUCAUACCAAAUAAAGGCUGGGAAUUCAAGAUCCCAUUUCAGUCACUAUCUAAUCUAGGUAGAAAACCUGAUUUUUAUCUCUGAGUAACCCCCACCCCCUCCCCUCACCCCCACCCCUCAUGGAUCCUUGGGUCUUAAUUAUCAUGGAAACCUCUAAUUCUUCCAGUUAUUCCAUGGCUUUUGCUGUGAUUGUUCUGAGAUUUCAUUUGAGACUUGUUUCAAGACUUAGGAGAGCUGACUGGUUCAUAAUAUAUUGGAAUAGUUGGAUCCAAGCUAGUAAGAAUAAGCUGUACAGGAAUUCAUGCACAAUAUAUAUUGUAUAAAUUGGUUGAAAUCUUGGGGACGUGAAUGUGUUACUUCAAGUGGCUUAUAUUAAGAGUCUUCAGAAUUACUUGGGUGUUAAAGCAAACCCAAAUGUGUAUUUUUUGUUACAGAGCUCUGCUUUAUAAUUUUGUAAUAAAAUUUCACUAUAGAA